UCGAAAGUUUACUACUGUUUAUGUAUCUCUUGUUGUUGAGCUCUGCAAAAUUAUAACUCUUAUUUUUCAGGUAUUACGACAGUUUUGAAGAUCAGCCAUGUUAGAUACAUGGUUAAAAGUGUUUACCAUAUCAUACAAAGUAUGUAGAGGCAUGGUAUGAUUUUUCAAAAUGGCUGAAGUUUAUAGCAGGAACCUGCUGAAAAUAGCGGUAGCUCAAAUUUGCCAGGGCUUGGGAUGGCACGCAGUGCAGACCACUCCGUGUGAGAUCCUAACUGAUGUGGUUGAGCGUUACAUUCGACAGCUAGCCCAAUUUACACAUAGGUAUUCGGAGCAGUAUGGUAAAACAGAUCCAACAUUAGAAGAUCUUGGACUUGCACUGCAUGAUAUGGGGUUUUCCAUCAGUGAACUAAAUACGUACAUCAAAGAAGUGGAACCCAUUCCAUUUGUCAAGGCAGUGCCAUGCUUCCCACUACCCAAGCCUAGUAACUUUCAGCAUCCAAUACCUGGCUCAAAGCAUUGCCGGGAGAGGUUGCAUUACAUACCUGACUACCUUCCACCAUUGGUAUCAAUAAAAGGUGAUCCUGACACUUCAGAUUUAGCUGAAGAUGUCAGCCACUCAACCUCAGCAAAUGGUGUCCACCAUGAAGGAAUCGAUACAAAUAUCAAAUCUAUGAAGGCUAUAGGCCCAAACUUUGAAGCACCCUUCACACCACCAAGGGGUGAGAAACGAACGUUACCAAGCCCUUAUGAUGGACAUGAUAAUAAGAGAAUGAGACGUGUUGAAGAUGGUACUCCGCAAGAACUAGUAACCGUGACAAUGGAAGCCAAUGGGAUCCUUACACCCAAACGGGAAGGCAAGCUUCCGGAUGCAUGCACCCCUCCUCCGAAGUUCACUGAAAAACUGAAACAAAAAAUAACAUCUUCAAGUCCAUUACCUGAGCCAUUUAAAUUGAAAGGAUCUCCGGAUAUAAAGAAGUCCAUCAGCAAAGAUGGCUUAUCUUCCAAGAAAACACUUAAAGAAAACGAGUUAAAGAAAACAUCUAUUAAGUCUGAUUCAAAGAAACAAGUAAAAGACAAUGUUGAAAGUAAGAAGACCGUUGCAAAUGAGAACAGUGAUCCUUCUAAGAGCAACAAGACUUCGAAGAGUUCUGCUGGUAAGAAAUCGCCAAAGCCUUCACAGGCCAUUUCUCCUGCAGUUUCAACACCCAAAUUAAAACCACAGAAAUCACCAAAACCAUCAUUUAGUUUGUUUUUGUCUGACUCAUCUUUCAAGUAUCCUACAAAGCAAAAGUCUGUAGGUGGAAGUGACAAAACGGACAUUGGAAACACUUCAAAGAGUCCAAAACCAGCUCCCUCCUCUCCUCGGGUCAUGCAAUCAACGAAAAAAUCUGAUCUGCAGACUCCAACCUCAAAAUCGCAACCUGCAACCAAGAAAUCUGAUAUAUAUGAUUUUGAUGAUGAUGAAUUUGAUAGUCCACCAAAAGAUAAAGGUGACCCAAAAAUGUCUUCCCCUCCAUCGGAAUCAUCAUUGAACGCAAUGCAAGAAGCAUUUAGGUCGGCUGUUGCGAAAGGCAAGCAGGAAAUGGAAGCCGGAAAAUCAAAACAAUCGAGUGCAGUCGAUGAGAGUACAAAGCCAGAUUUGUCUUCAUUGAAGAAUCCCACCGAUGCCUCUUUCGACGCAGCCGUCUCAGCUGUUAUCAAGAAGAAACAGAAAAAUACUUCUCUGGAGAAGAAAGAAGGGGCUUGCUUAACUCCUAAGUUCGCUUUCAAGCAAGCUCUCCGCGAACAAGAAGCUGAACUCAAAAAGCAGACAACUAAUUCUAGUAAUGAAAAACGACCAAAAAAAAUCAAGGAGGAGAAAGUAAAAGACUCUUUGCACUCUAUAAAGACUAAAGCAAUUAAGAAACGGAAGAAAAUAUAUAAAGACAAAGAAAAGAAGCUCAAAGUCGCUAGUAAUAUUCUGGAUGAAACAAAAAAAGCUAAGAAGCUACCAGAUCUGACCUUUAAGCUGAAGACAUCUGGAGGUGAAACGAAGAUUGUGAAAGACAGUAAACAAGAUAAAAGUGCCAAGUUAAAGUUUGCACCGAUACCAAAAUUGAAUAUUAAACGGAAAGACUCCACAUCCUUACAAGUGGUGCAAGUUAAACCCGAGAUUGUUAGUUCUAAGAAAGAUGAUAAGAAAAAAGACAAGAAAAUUAAAGACAAGUUGAAAAAGAAGAAAAAAUUGAAGCAGAAAUCAUUGCCCGAUGGAAGUGAAGAUACUGUUCAGAAUGUUGCAAAGAAGUUGAAAUCGGAAGGAGAACCUCUGGUACCCAAAAUAACUUUAACAUUUGGCUCAAGUUCAACUGGAGAGGGCAGUAAACGAUUUGUUAUCAAACCGGCUAAGCCAGCAUCACCUGUCAAGAAAUCACCGUCACCUGUCCCACAACCCCUGUCCCCAGUACUUCCUAUCCCCACUCAGGUAUCCCCUGUUGCUGCUCCUGCAAAGACUCCUGCAAAAACUUCAACGGUCAAGAAGAAGAAAACAGUGAAACCUCCUCCACUUCCAGUUGUCACGCCAACUAGGCCAAUUACUCCGACAACAACGCCGUCUCCUACAUCUAAAUCAUCACCAAUUGAAAUUAAACUGGACAGUAAAAUAUUCUCUCCAUAUGAUUUUGAUUCGGAUUUUUCAAAUCAAAGUCUUGAAACACCUAGAACACCUACCACUAGUCCAACACCUUUGUUUCCGAAAACAGAUGUGUCUCCAACCUACAAGCCGUCUGCUGUAUCGCCAACUUACAAUCCAGCAGAGUCUCCAACUUACAAGCCUCCAAUAUCACCAGCCUACAAAUCUGCAGUGUCACCAGCCUAUAAGUCUUUAGUGUCACCAGCUUACAAAUCUACAAUGUCACCAGCCUACAAGUCAGAAAUGUCGCCUGCCUACAAAUCUGCAGUGUCUCCACCUUACAAAUCACCUGUGUCUCCAGCUUACAAAUCUGCAGUAUCACCAGCCUACAAACCAGACUUACCUGCUGAUCUUCCAGUUGUGAAGCCAAAAGAAACAAAGCCUUCUAAGAAAUCCUCCAAUCAAAACAAAUCAAAGUCCACAGCAGACAAAAAGAAAUCCGCUUCAUCAGCAACUAAUCCUGCUAAAAAGAGCACACCGGAACGAAAGACACCGUCUGGGCCGAAGCUUAAGCCGUCGCCAAAAACAGCAUCACCGACAGCAACAGCUCAUGAUAAGCGUGAAACAUCUCCAGCCCCAGUCACUUCGCCUCCUGUUAAAGCUGAAACGGUUACAAAAGCAAACAAAACAGCCGCACAAUCAUCAACCAAGGCAGCUUCAAAGGCUAAAUCUACAAAAGCAGCUGGAAAGGCAACAGCCACAAAAGCCCAGGCUAAGGUUCAGAAGCUGGAAGAGAGAUCAGUUGUGACAGAAACAAUUGGAACUGUUGUGGUAAGUGAUUCUUGUAUUAAUUGUAUUGCUGUUUAUUGUCUAACAUGUCUGCCAUAAUUGUUGUGUGCCAAC